AGAAGAAGAAGAAGAAGAAGAAGAAGAAGAAAUGGAAGAAGUGUCUCUGACGCUCUCCGUAAGGAGUUAACUAAAAGGUUUAUUCAUCGUGUUUCUUUGAAAGAAAAAUUAAAUUAAGUCCAUGUCGAAGAAUUCUUUAGGGGAAAACAAUGUGUUGAGCCUCAGAACAUUCUUCUUUCCGUGGACAGUUAGCAGCUGCAGCCGGACAGUUUAGUGUUGUAGCACCUUAGCUCGCUAAGGUAAAAUGGCUCCGGUGCAGAUCGGCUCCGAGGGGCAGCUCGUUCCGCUCGGAGGUCCAAUGGUUUCGGGUCCACAGCCGCCUCCACCCGGGGCUCCGGCCACACAGGGAGUCCGACUCAGCCUGCUCAUUGAAUUUCUUCUCCAGAGAACUUAUCAUGAAAUCACUCUGCUCGCGGAGCUGCUUCCUAGAAAAACAGAUAUGGAGAGGAAAAUUGAGAUUGUCCAGUUUGCCAGUCGUACCAGGCAGUUAUUUGUGCGUCUUUUGGCCCUUGUGAAGUGGGCAAGCAAUGCAGGAAAAGUUGAAAAGUGUGCGAUGAUCUCCAGCUUCUUAGACCAGCAGGCAGUCCUGUUUGUCGAUACAGCUGAUCGGCUAGCGUCGCUGGCCAGAGAUGCCCUAGUACAUGCUCGUCUUCCAAGCUUUGCCAUCCCCUUUGCCAUUGACGUCCUCACCACAGGAUCAUAUCCACGUUUGCCCACAUGCAUACGGGAUAAGAUCAUUCCUCCAGAUCCCAUCACAAAAGCUGAGAAGCAGACCACACUGAACCAGCUCAGCCAGAUUCUACGACACCGUCUUGUCACCACAGACUUACCUCCUCAGCUCGCAAACCUCACAGUGGCUAACGGGCGUGUCAAGUUUCGUGUGGAAGGAGAGUUUGAGGCCACCUUGACCGUGAUGGGAGAUGACCCCGAUAUUCCCUGGAGGCUGCUGAAGUUAGAGAUUCUGGUGGAGGACAAGGAAACUGGAGAUGGCCGAGUCUUGGUCCACAGUUUGCAGAUUAACUUCAUCCAUGAGUUGGUUCAGGCACGUCUUUGUGCUGAUGAUAAACCCCUACAGGACAUGUACAACUGCCUGCACUCCUUCUGUCUGUCGCUGCAGUUGGAGGUGCUCCACUCUCAGACGCUGAUGCUGAUCAGGGAGCGCUGGGGAGACCUGGUGCAGGUGGAGAGAUACCUGGCUGCAAAAUACCUUACGCUCUCUGUUUGGAACCAGCAGGUGUUGGGUAGGAAAACUGGCACUGCAUCAGUGCACAAAGUGACCAUCAAAAUCGAUGAAUCAGAUGGUUCUAAGCCAUUGCAAAUAUCUCAUGAGCCACCUCUCCCUGCCUGUGACUCUAAAUUAAUGGAACGUGCUAUGAAGAUUGAUCACCUGUCUGUGGAGAAACUUUUGAUUGACAGCGUACAUGCUCGGUCCAAUCAGAAGCUACAGGAAUUAAAGGCAAUUUUGAAGGCGCACAAUCCCUGCGACAACUCUUUCAUAGAGACGGCUUUGCCCACACUUGUUGUUCCAAUACUGGAGCCUUGUGGUCGUUCAGAGUGCCUGCACAUCUUUGUUGACCUGCACUCUGGUAUGUUCCAGCCCAUGUUGUACGGACUCGAUCAGUCCUUGCUGGAUGACAUUGAAAAAAACAUCAACGAUGACAUGAAGCGCAUUAUCUCUUGGCUUCAACAAUUGAAGUUCUGGUUGGGGGAGCAGCGCUGUCGACAGUCUGUGAAGCACCUUCCCACCGUGUGCUCUAACGUUCUCCACGUCUCCAACUCCACCUCUCAUCCUGUCGCCAGUUUGUCCAAACAUAAACUCUUCGUCAAGCUCACGCGAAUCCCGCACUACUACAUUGUGGUGGAGAUGUUGGAUGCACCCCACAGCCCCACGGAGCUGCAGUACAAGUACGCUUUUUUGUCUGUGACUCAGCUGGAAGGAGAGGAUGGACCCAUGUGUGCACAGCUGCUGCAGCAUUUCAAGGCCAACCUGGAGCAGCUUGUUCAGGAUACCACCUCAGGAAGGGGAGCUCGUUCAGGAGCAAAGAGAAAGGUGUUUGGAGACCAAGGAGACUUGGAGCCAAAGAAGCCCAAACGAUCGGGGGAAAUGUGUGCUUUCAACAAGGAGCUGGCUCAUCUGGUGGCGAUGUGCGACACCAACAUGCCCUUCGUUGGUCUCAGAACAGAGCUGUCUAACAUGGAGAUCCCAAACCAGGGAGUGCAGGUGGAGGGAGACGGCUGCAGUCACGCAGUACGUGUCCUCAGGAUUCCUCCCUGUAAAGGAGUUGGAGAAGAGACCAGGAGAGCGUUGGAGCGUUCUGUGCUGGACUGUACGUUCCGUCUGCAGGGCAGGAACAACAGAACCUGGGUAGCUGAACUGGUGCUGGCUAACUGUCCUCUCAACAGCACACACAGCAAAGAACAAGCCACCACGCGUCACAUCUAUCUGACCUAUGAAAACCCUCUUUCGGAGCCAGUGGGCGGGAGGAAGGUGGUGGAGAUGUUCCUUAAUGACUGGAAUGCGAUCAGUCAGCUCUACCAGUGUGUCCUCGAAUUCUCUCGUGCGCUACCAGAAAUGCCUUCUUACCUGAGCCAGUUCGCCGAGGUACGACUGUAUAAUUACCGUAAGCUGGUGCUUUGCUAUGGCAACACCAAGGGCAGCUCUGUGACCAUCCAGUGGAACUCCAGCAGCCAGCGGUUCCACCUGGCCCUCGGCACCGUGGGGCCAAACUCUGGGUGCUCCAACUGCCACAAUAUCAUCCUCCAUCAGCUGCAGGAGAUGUUCAACAAGAGCCCGAAUGUCAUGCAGCUGCUGCAGGUGCUUUCUGAUACCCAGGCUCCCCUCAUUGCAAUCAACAAGCUUCCCACGGUUCCCAUGCUGGGCCUGAGGCAGCGCACCAACACAGCCUACCAGUGUUUCUCCAUCCUGCCACAGUCACCAACACACAUCCGCCUGGCCUUCCGGAACAUGUACUGCAUUGACAUCUACUGCCGAAGCCGUGGCGUGGUUGCCAUUCGGGAUGGAGCUUACAGUCUCUUUGACAACACUAAGAUCGUAGAGGGCUUCUAUCCUGCCCCAGGCCUCAAGACGUUCCUGAACAUGUUUGUUGACAGCAAUCAGGACGCUCGCAGACGCUCGGUCAAUGAAGAUGACAAUCCUCCCUCACCAGUGGGCGUAGACAUGGACAGUCUGAUAAACCAGUUGCAGCCACAACCAAUGAGAGGCGGUGGUGGAGGCGUGUACCCACCCCUCACUUCACCGCCACCGAACUAUCACGCCAACGUAACUCCAUCUCCAUCUAUGAUGCCCACACAGUCCCCAGGGAACAUCCAUGCCUCUGGCUCCCCUAGUGGAGCUCUAAGGGCACCCUCUCCUUUUGGGCCUACCCCAUCUCCAUCUUCUCUGGGCAUAGCCAUGGGCCAGACCAGCUUUGCCAGUCCCCACGGUGCUCUGGACCCUAGCUCUCCUUAUACCAUAGUGUCACCCAGCCAGCGGGGCCAGUGGCCAGGCUCACCUCAGGUUUCAGGGCCUUCUCCAGGUGCAAGGAUCCACGGAAUGUCACCUGGUAACCCAUCACUGCACUCACCCAUUCCUGACCCUCAUUCUCCACGUGCUGGGACUAACAUAGGUUCCCAAGUCAUGCCAACCAGUAUGCCUCCACCCCGCAAGGUCCCUCAGCGCCCCUGGGCUGCCUCCAUUCCCACCAUACUCACCCACAAUGCCUUGCAUGUGCUCCUGCUCCCCUCACCCACACCCUGCCUUGCACCAGUCCUGGCAGGAAGCUACCUCUGUUCGCCUCUGGAGCGCUUUCUUGGUUCAGUUAUCAUGAGACGCCACCUGCAGAGGAUCAUUCAACAGGAGACCAGUUUAUCCAUUGUGAAUUCUAACGAGCCUGGAGUCAUCAUGUUCAAGACUGAGGUGCUGAAGUGCCGCGUGGCUCUCAAUGCCAAGAACUACCAGACGCUGCAGCUCAAAGUCACUCCAGAAAAUGCAGGACCUUGGUCCCAGGAGGAGCUUCAAGUCCUUGAGAAGUUCUUUGAGACCCGGGUUGCUGGUCCUCCAUUUAAGUACAACACUCUGAAUGCCUUCACAAAGCUGCUGGGAGCACCGACCAACAUCCUCAGAGACUGCGUGCGCAUUAUGAAGCUAGAACUGUUCCCUGACCAGCCGACACCACUGAAGUGGAAUGUCCAGUUCUGUCUGACCAUUCCUCCCAGUGCUCCUCCCAUCGCACCUCCCGGAACCAUCGCUGUGGUUCUCAAAUCCAAGAUGCUCUUCUUUCUGCAGCUGACCCAGCGUAUCCAGGUCCCUCAGGAGCCAGUGAGCAUCAUCGUGCCCAUUGUGUAUGACAUGGCCACAGGCCUGACCCAGCAGGCCGACAUACCCAGACAGCACAGCUCGUCCGGGGCUGCAGCGCUGAUGGUCUCCAACAUCCUCAAACGGUUCAAUGACCUGCAUCCCGCUAGACAGGGUGAGUGUACGAUAUUCGCUUCUGUUCAUGAGCUCAUGGCCAACCUUACUCUGCCCCCUGGUGGUCGUCAGUAGGACCAGCAAUGGAACUGGAGCUUUUUUUUUUAUUUAUUUAUUUAUCUUCAAUAGGAGGACAGAUACUUUUAUGAGCUGUGCGCAGUUAUGGCACCAUAUCAAAACACAGCAUGUAAUCCACUACACCUGCUGGACUGGAUUUAUAAACCCUGUUAUCAGUGACUUUAAAAUACACGGAACUGCAGACUACAAAGUUUAUUAUGACUUUAAAAGCAUCGCUGUGAAGGUAAGGCUUGAUUUCCAGAGGCAUUUUAUGCAAAGGAAGAAAAAUUUUGUUUUUUCCUUUUGAUGCACUUGUACACAGAGGAUUAUCUACUUAGUUUAAGUUUGUUUAUAGAAGAUAUGUAUAUUAUUGUAGAUUUGAGUGUAAAAAGAUCGGGGGGGGGGGAAUUUUUGCUGGGAACUUUAUUCUUCAGGUGACACUCGUAUCAUAUCAGAAUAUGUGUUCCUUAGCAGUCCUUGCUUUAUUUUAUUGUACCUUUUUAUUUAAAGCUUUCACUUUAGACAGAUACUUUGUAACCUGGCUGUAUUUUUUAUCAAGCCCCUCUUUGAUUAUUGAAGAAGUGAAAACAUCUUGUUUGACUUUUACCAUUUAAUAAAGCGACCUCACAUUUG